AAUGUCCAUGCGUUUUUUUGUAUCUAUUGAUUCCUGUGUGGCCAUUUCAGGCAGGCCAGUCAUCAACUGUGAUAGAAAACAUUCAUACAAUCAUUGCUGCUGCUGCUGUGAAGUUCAGUUUUGAUCAACUCACCCACCUCUUCGUCCUCAUUCAGAAGAGCUGGGAGGUCGAGAGCGACCGCGUGAGGCAGAAGCUGCUCAGUUUGAUCGGGAGGAUCGGCAGAGAGGCUCGCUCUGAAACUACAACAGGAAAGGUGCUUGAGGUGCUGUGGGAGUUGGCUCACCUCCCCACCCUGCCUACCAGUCUCGUUCAGCAGGCGUUGGAGGAGCACCUGGGGAUUCUGAGCGAUGCCUACGCUGUCAAGGAGACUGUGAAGCGCAGUUACAUCAUUAAAUGUAUUGAGGACAUUAAGAAGGUGAGACAGACGCGCUACAGAUGCCUCCUAUUGUCCCUGCGGAUGUGGGGGCGAGUGUUUAUUGCAGUGAAGUGUUUUACGAGGUCAUUCCAGGAUCAGCUCCAAGA